AUGUUUAGUCACCUUAAGAAUGCUGCCAUCACUAAUAAACCAGCGAAUAUGGGAACGGCUGUUCAAAGUGGACCAUAUACGAAAGCUCAAUUCCAAUCUACAACGGAAGGUUCACGUACCGUUAAAAUCAUUAAAGAAAUAGAAAAUUUGUUAAAAGAUUAUCCUGCCGCGUUAGAUUUAUAUAAAACAGGAAAAUAUAAAGUAAAAGUAAAGUGUGAAGCAGAUGUUGAACGUGUUAUACUAGUUGAAAAGCGUUCAGCAAAAGGUGGGGAUGCAAAUAAAAAAUCGCAAAAAGAUAAACAAAACUCAAAUACAAAAGUAUCAACGCUGACCAAUAAUGAACAAGUAACAGCAACUACGAUGACUCAAACAUAUGAUCAACAGGAUAAUGAAUCCGAAGAUACACUCAAUGAUAAUAACAACAAACCAGAUCAUUCGACAUCACGUCAAAGUAUCGAUCAUUUAUCAAAACAUUCAAAAGGAGUGGGGCGGAUAAGGCCAUUUUUCGACCCUGAAUAUUUUUUGAUGAAAACCGUCGGAUUAGAGGUUAUUCGACAUGCUGAACAAAAUGGCGUUUACCGUUUU